UUAAGGUUGGCGAUUCUCACUAAUAAAAAUAGAGCGCAACCGGGGUAUCCAAGGCAUUCUCUGUCUCACUCCCUUUAAAUUUUGUCUGUCUUUGCUUUGGGCCUCUCUCGAAUGGUCCCACUCACCAAAUUAAUGAUCCCACCCUCAAUGUUUUUACUUUGCUGUCGUUUCUUUCCGCAAACAUCUUGUCGUUUUCUGCUGUAACUCUUCACUUUCCCAUCUUUUAUUUUUCUUUCUCUUCUUUUCUUCUCAUUUUCUCAGGAAAAAGAAAGUUUAACGUUGACCCAUUGUUUCCUAUUACUAACUCCUUUGCUCCCGGGCCUGCUCUUCCAUCCCACAACUUUCCUUAAUUUCUACUCCAUAAAUUCUCCAUUGUAGAAACAAACAUUCCAUUCCAUAGAUUCAUUCGAUUAACUUCCUUCAACUGGGCUGCAACCAAUUGAUCCAUUCAACAUUCUUCCAGGACUCCUUCUGAGUUCGACGGACAACGGAGCACCGUGAAGACCAUCAUCUUACAGUCCUUUCUCACAAGAAUUUCAUCGGUUCUCUUCAAUCAACACAAUUCCAGGUGAUUUGAUCAGAUACUAGAAAACGAGAAUUUUCUUUGAUUAUGGAAGGUCGUAGGAGGAUGACACUCUAUGAUCAGAUGGCAGCUGGGGAAACAAGCAGUCGUAGCUCACUAGCUAGCUUGAUCUUCGGCGAUGUUGUUAUGGCUAACCAGAAUUCCGAGGCUGGAGGUGAAGCAGAAGCCACCAUGAACCGGAAUCGAACUCUGUUAGAUGUCAUCCGAGAAGAUGAGCCCAACAACAUCAAGGAUCGAAGGUCAUGGAAAGCCUUGAAGGACAAGCUUUGGCUCAAGCGCGCUGGUGGCUCCGACUCGGCUUGGACUUCUACCACAGUUCACAUUCCCAUCCACAAUGUUGAUAGCCACGGCGGAGCCUCAUCCCAAUCCACCCGUCGCAACUCGGUUUCCUUCCAAGAAUACCUUGACUCAGACGAGUCGACUCAGCCAGGCAUGGAUCACCAACAACCCAACGACGUCGUCCAAGAAAACCUUGACAAUCCUCCAGUCGUUGGCGUCGCUAAUUCCUCCGGCGAGGCUACGACGACGGUUGGGCUAGUGAACAUGUCGCUAAUGGAGAUGUUAGAGGAGACAGAGGUGGAUUUUGAAGUACGAGUCAAUGGUGAUGAUGAAGAUAAUGAUGACGAGUGUCAAAAACAAGGAGGAGGAGAAGAAGGAGAAGAAGAACAAGGGGGAGUUGAAGAAACGGGUGUGGUAGCGUAUAAUUGUUGUGUGUGCAUGGUGAGGCAUAAAGGUGCGGCGUUUAUACCGUGUGGCCACACGUUUUGCAGGAUGUGUUCAAGGGAGCUUUGGGUGAAUAGAGGGAAUUGUCCUCUUUGCAAUCAUUUUAUAUUGGAAAUUCUUGAUAUUUUCUAACCACAAUUAUAUUCAUUCUCAUCGUUAUUUUUACACAUCUAAAUACCUCCAUCUUCUACCAAUUGUGGUUAGGUUUAUGUGGUAAGUACAAUAUUAUUCUUUUUAAGUAAUGGCUCGUGUUUUAUUUAAAAAAACUCGGGGACAAAACUUGGUUAGACAGAGGUUUUACUCUUACUUUGCCUCCUGAAAUUCCAAGUGCACAUGCUUAUUACAUUACAAUAAUGAUGACUAAAGGGAAUUACAUGAUAAUAUAAUGGUAAUGUAAAUGGUGGAGUGGAAUUUGAAUCUUCCUUAUUCUUUUUUUGGUUACAGGAGGAAGAUAAUCUUCCUUAUUCUGAUUAUGAAUAGAGUGAAUUAAAGAGACAAUCUUAGUUUGCUUUUGAUAAAAAUUACCAGUUAUUUUGAUCCUUAGGAUGAAUCCGGCUACCAAGUUGAUCAUUGCGAUGAAUCUGGCUACCGAAUUGGUAGAGUAUCAUUACACAACCCACAUUGCUUUAGAGCUACAAGGCAAUGCUGCAAGCUUUGAAAGAGUGAUGCUUAGAAGCUAGAGCUACAAGGUAGCGAUGCAAGCUUUUAAUGCUACAAGUAUUAGGGAUGUGGUUUUCCCUUUAUCAGAGCUUGAGUUUCUUCUCUUAAAAGAUUCUUUAAUCGUCCCCUAUUUUGUUCCUUGUGCUUGUCUAUUGUUAAUUUUUAAUUUGUUCAUUGUGCUUGUCUGUUGUAAAACAAGUUCAAUAUCCAAAACCCUUGCAAAAAAAAUUACAGGGUCAAAAUACCAAUUCAGCCAUAUUUUACAUGACUACAAAUAUAGUUAACCCUUCAAGUAUUUUACAGUAAAUUGUCUUAAUCACUCACAUAAGUAACUUUACCAAUAGAAUUAUUUAUAAAUAAUAAAUAUUAUUUUAUAAAAUUCUAAAUCCACUUAUUUUAAAUAUGAUUGGUUUAUUAGACUUGGGUAAAGUUAGACAAUAAGACAACCCCUAACAUAAAACACUUAAUCUUAGUAUUAGUAUAGGUGAUCAACUAUUUUUGCUGCUCUAAUUAAUUAAAAAAAAUUAUACAAUUAUAAGAAAAAAUAAAUAUAACAGGACAUAUAGAUACCUACACUGGAAAUUAUAUUGUACAAAUUUUACAAAAUUGCACAUGUAAACAAAUGUACAUAUGCAAACGCGACAUAUAUGAGAUAAAGACACGUGGUCCUAAAACUGAGGAUACAUUGAACUUGAUUCCAAACUUUAUCAUCAUAGAUUCAUAACAAUAAACAAACCACUAGCUCCCCCAAAACCAGUAGCUAGCUAUACCACUUUAUGCCACUGGUUUCCCCAAUCUUUUGGCACAUCAUCAAGCACAAUCUUAGUAUAUAUAAGAAUAAGAACACCUUUCACUUCAACUUCCUCAAUUCAAUCCAAAAUCUCCAAAUUAAGACGACUUCUUAUAUCAAGGUUCAUUAUUUCUUGUGUAAUCUGAAAAGCAAAGCAAGAAUUUGUUUAAUUUCAAGAUGAGUUCAGCAAGCAGAGCUUGGACAGUGGCAGCAAGUGUUGGAGUUGUGGAGGCCUUGAAGGACCAAGGCUUGUGCAGGUGGAACUAUGCUCUAAGAUCAGCUCAACAUCAUGUCAAAAACCAUUUGAGAUCCUUGUCUCAGGCAAAGAAGCUUUCUUCUACUUCCUCCUCUUAUGCUAUGGUUUCCAAGUUCCAACAGAUCAUUAAAAGAAGAGGAAGCAAAGAAGUCAGAGGAAUCAUUGAGGACAGUCAUGUACUUGAGCUGUUGGGGUCCCAACAACUAGCUAGAGACACCGGGGCAAUCACAAAAGACUGAUUCUGAUUGAACCUGUAAUGGUGCAAUUGUAUAUAGUAGUAUCCAGAACUGCUUUUCCAUUAUCACAGAAAUUGAUGUAAAUUUUGAUAAAUGGAAAAUGAAAGAGAAUUAAUUCCAA